GUGGAGGACUGCGGAGCUAGCUAGCACACAGACGACCAGAUAAACUAAUCAUGGUGAAUGUAAAGAAGCGGAAAGGUCGAGUCGUUAUCGACUCUGACUCUGAAGACAGCGCUAGUGAUGAUAAUUUAGAUCAGGUGAGGAUGCAACUUGUCUGGUUUCGAUGUGUUUUCCGCCCGCGGCGUUGACAGCUGGCUAAGAACAGUCUGGGUUAACCAACUAGGUAACGCUAGCUAGCUAGCUAGCUGUGCCUUGAGUUUGGAGGAAAACACCGCGCCAUAGGCCUGACGUUUUAUUGGCUUUAUUCAGUUCCAGUUUAUAGUAUCAUGUGGCAACAAUAAUCUCAUGUGUUGUGAUAAUUUGGUAAUCAAAGAAUACAGUGACCUACUGAUUUAUAACGUUAUUUUCUGCAUUACGUGAAGGGCGCAGCUGAAGUUCUAUUUUGGUGUUGACAAAACAGCUAGCUAACGUUAGCUAGCCAGCUAAAGUUAGCGUCGGAGGAAUGUGUUGUAGGAUAGCCUGUCCUGUUACUGGACAGCCAAUGGUGUGCUAUUAAAAACAUGUCAAUCGUAGAUUAAGCAUAGCCUUACUUGCCGCAGUGAAGAUGAUAAUUAGCUAGCUAUCUUUGCUAGCGUGGUAUUAAACCACCUAAUACUAAGUUAACUUAGUUAGGUAGUUAGCAACUCAUUAAUGUUGAUAACUUGGUAGCUAACAAUUCGGCCUGUUGAUUAAAUUGUUUGUUUUGAUAAACAUACAAUUAAACAUUGACACAAGCUUUAACAGGAGAUAUAUUACCCAAUGAUGGCUCGUAUUUGUUAUUUACACAGCACCAUAUUAAAGUAGAAUAAGUUAAGUGGUCCUCUGUAGCUCAGCUGGUAGAGCACGGCGCUUGUAACGCCAAGGUAGUGGGUUCGAUCCCCGGGUCCACCCAUACACACAAAAAAUGUAUGCACGCAUGACUGUAAGUCGCUUUGGAUAAAAGCGUCUGCUAAAUGGCAUAUUAUUAUUAUUAUAUUAAGUUUCUCACUGUAAAAUAAGACAACAUAAUAAAAGCAAGUGACUGAUAAACUAUUAAUCAUCGACUACUGUAGUACUAUAAUGCUUCCUAACAUGCAGGAGCCUCUAUAAAUAUACUGUAACAGAUGGAUGUUGUCAGUCAACUAACAUUUUACCGCCAUUGACGCAUUCUGCUGUCCUCUGAGCAGGCCAUGCAGAAUUCAUCCUGUAUAAGUCAAUCCAGACUAACUAUUGAAAAUAUCUAUGUUAUACAGGAUGAAAGCUCCUCCCCUAUUCUACCUAUCUGGGCGUGAGAACAUUAUGUAUCACUGUGCAGGCCUAUUCAGUCACAAUCGGCCAUGCUUUAAACUUACCCCUCUGUCUUGUGUAUCUCACCCUGUGGCAACCGGGGAUUCCGUCUCAAUCCAUAUUAACUGUUAACCCCUACAUAUUUUAUAAUAGGAUGUCAGCUUCUCCACUUUGUGUCUGUUUGAUACACUGUAUCAGGAGUUCAGGCACUCACCUCUGUCACUCACCCUGUGGCACCCAGGAGCUUCUGUCUCUGGCCACCAAGAGGAAGAGGGUGGACUCGGAUGACCAGCAGGAUAACCAGCAGGAUGACCAGCCAGUCAGCAAGCCAGCAGCCUCGUCAGACUCCGAGACAUCAGACAGUGACGAUGAGGUAUGUAUCUCCUCUCUACAUCUAGUUGGAUCUCCUUAGGGCUGGUUUCCUGUCAACCGAGGAUCUCCUUUAUAAAUAAUGUUUUAUUCCCCGACUAGGCUUGAUCUGGGUCCAGGAAACCAGCCCUUAUACUAGUGGCAUGAAAGAGUGAUGUUAUUACACUAUAUUUUUCAUACAGUCCUUGAUGCUCCACGUGACAACAUUGUGUUUACUGAUUUGAUUUGUACGUUGUUUUCACAUAGUGGACCGCCGGUGGUCCUAAAGUCAAAAAGAAGGUCAAGCCAGGGAAACCGACGGCAACAGAAAAGAAGAAAGAGGCAGCGAAGAAGAGGGUUCAUAAAGCAGCAUCGUCCGGUAGUUCUGGCGGAGACAGUUCUGCCGACAGCUCUGCCCCAGAGGAGGGUACGUUGUCCUGAGACCCGGGCUAAUUCUCAAUUCAUCUUUCCUCUAUACUUCUCAACCGCGCUCCUUCUCAAAACACAUUGGAGAGGAUGGUCCGAGGGGAGAGACCUUGGGUCUUCUCCUCCUAUACGCUUGAGGAGAUGGGAUGCGAGGGAUCUUUGAAAGACGAAUUGAGAUAGACCCCAAGAGUGGUUGAUCGCUGCCAGUGGUUAAUUUGACCAACAGUUGAUUUGACUCUUGUGUAUCUACCAACUAAAAUGCUAACUAACUCCAUGUAAUGUUCUCCUCCACCAGACGAUAGGAAACGAGGAAUGACAUAAAGACACAUUCAGAUAAACAUCUCUCUAGGGCUCUUAUCUAUCUAAUUAUGUAACGGUCUCCUCCUCCAGGUGAGGUGUCUGACUCCGAGAGCAACAGCUCUGCCUCCAGCUCAGACUCCUCGUCCGAGGACGAUGUGUUCAGGGACGGCUACGGAGAGGACCUGAUGGGGGACGAGGAGGACAGGGCUCGGCUGGAGCAGAUGACGGAGAAGGAGAGGGAGCAGGAGCUCUUUAACAGGAUAGAGAAGAGGGAGGUGCUCAAGAGGAGGUGAGACUACUGCAGGAAGUUGGAACUAUAAGGGACAGUCUCCUGGACACAGAUUUAGCCUAGUCCUGGAUUAAGAAGCAAAAGUGGUCGUUUCAGUACAGAGCCGGGUCUGCUUGAGAACUUUAUUGUAUUGUUGCUAGUUCAUUUAUUCAUAUGAAGAAUUUAAGGUGCGACUAGGAGGAGCAGGAGAGUUGUGAGUGAGACUAUCGUUGGGCAGGAGAGUUGUUAGUCUGUGUGUGUGUAUAUGUGUGUGUGUGUGUGUGUGUAUAUGUUUGAUCGGGUUCAAGUCCGGGCUCUGGCUGGGCCACUCAAGGAUAUUCAGAGACUUGUCCCAAAGCCACUCCUGCUUAGGGUUGUUGUCCUGUUGGAAGGUUAACCUUCGCCCCAGUCUGAUGUCCUGAGCGCUUUGGAUCAGGUUUUCAUCAAGGAUCUCGCUGUACUUUGCUCUGUUAAUCUUUCCCUCGUCCUGACUAGUCUCCCAGUCCCUGCCGCUGAAAAACAUUCCCCCAGCAUGAUGCUGCCACCACCAUGCUUCACCAUAGGGAUGGUACCAGGUUUCCUCCAGACGUGAUGCUUGGCAUUCAGGCCAAAGAGUUCAAUCUUGGUUUCAUCAGACCAGAGAAUCUUGUUUCUCAUGGUCUGAGAGUCCUUUAGGGGCUAUUUGGCAAACUCCAAGCAGGCUGUCAUGUGCCUUUUACUGAGGAGUGGCUUCCGUCUGGCCACUCUACCAUAAAGGCUUGAUUGGUGGAGUGCUGCAGAGAUGGUUGUCCUUCUGGAAGGUUCUCCCAUCUCCACAGAGGAACUAUAGAGCUCUGUCAGAGUGACCAUUGGGUUUUUGGUCACCUCCCUGACCAAGGCCCUUCUCCCUCGAUUGCUCAGUUUGGCCGGGCGGCCAGCUCUAGGAAGAGCUUGGACCUCAUUGCUUGGUUUUUGCUCUGACAUGCCCUGUCAACUGUGGGACCUUAUAUAGACAGUUGUGUGCCUUUCCAAAUCAUGUCCAAUCGAUUGAAUUUACCACAGGUUGACUCCAAUCAAGUUGUAGAAACAUCUCAAGGAUGCUCAACGGAAACAGGAUGCACCUGAGCUCAAUUUCGAGUAUCAAAGCAAAGGGUCUGAAUAAUAAUGUAAAUAAGAUAUUUCUUUGCAAAAAAAUCUAAAAACCUGUUUUCACGUUGUCAUUAUGGGGUAUUGUGUGUAGAUUGAUGAGGGAUUUUUAUUUAUUUAAUCAAUUUUAGAAUAGAGUAAGGCUGUAACGUAACAACAUGUGGAAAAAGUAAAGGGGUCUGAAUACUUUCCGAAUGCACUGUACACUAUAUCUGUGUGUACACUGAACAAAAAUAUAAACGCAACAUGAAAAGUUUUGGUCCUAUGUUUCAUGAGCUGAAAUAAAAGAUCCCAGAAAUUUUCCAUACGCACCAAACGUUUAUUUCUCUCAAAGAUUGUGCAAAAAUUUGUUUACAUCCCAUUUCUCCUUUGCCAAGAUAAUCCAUCCACCUGCCAGGUGUGGUAUAUCAAGAAGCUGAUUAAACAGCAUGAUCAUUACACAGGUGCACCUUGUGCUGGGGACAAUAAAAGGCCACUCUUAAAUGUGUAGUUUUGUCACACAACACAAUGCCACAGAUGUCUCAAGUUUUGAGAGAGCGUGCAAUUGGCAUGCUGACUGCAGGAAUGUCCACCAGAGCUGUUUCCAGAUCAUUUAAUGUUAAUUUCUCUACCAUAAGCCGCCUCCAGUAUUGUUUUUGAGAAUUUGGCAGUACAUCCAACCGGCCUCACAAUUGAAGACCACAUGUGACCACGCCAGCCCAGGAUCUCCACAUCCAGCUUCUUCACCUGCGGGAUCAUCUGAGACCAGCCACCCAGACAGCUGAUGAAACUGUGGGUUUGCCCAACCGAAGAAUUUCAGGGAAGCUCAUUUGCGUGCUCGUCUUCCUCACCAGGGUCUUGACCUGACUGUAGUUCGGCAUCAUAACCGACUUCAGUAGGCAAAUGCUCACCUUCGAUGGCCACUGGCACGCUGGAGAAGUGUGCUCUUCAUGGAUGAAUCCCUGUUUCAACUGUACCGGGCAGUUGGCAGACAGCGUGUAUGGUGUCGUGUGGGCGAGCGGUUUGCUGAUGUCAACGUUGUGAACAGAGUGCCCCAUGGUGGUGGUGGGGUUGUGGUAUGGGCAGGCAUACGGACAACGAACACAAUUUCAUUUUAUCGAUGGCAAUUUGAAUGCACAGAGAAACCGUGUCAAGAUUCUGAGGCCCAUUGUCGUGCCAUUCAUCCACCGCCAUCACCUCAUGUUUCAUGUUGCACGGCCCCAUGUCGCAAGGAUCUGUACACAAUUCCUGGAAGCUGAAAAUGUACCAGUUUUUCCAUGGCCUGCAUACUCACCAGACAUGUCACCAAUUGAGCAUGUUUGGGAUGCUCUGGAUCGACGUGUAUGACAGCGUGUUCCAGUUCCCGCCAAUAUCCAGCAACUUCACACAGCCAUUGAAAAGGAGUGGGACAACAUUCCACAGGACAUCAAUCAACAGCCUGAUCAACUCUAUGUGAAGGAGAUGUCGUGUGCUGCAUGAGGCAAAAAUAGUGGUCAAACCAGAUACUGACUGGUUUUCUGAUCCACGCCCCUACUUAAAAAAGAAAAGGUAUCUGUGAUCUAUUCCCAGUCAUGUGAAAUCCAUAGAUUAGGGCCUAAUGAAUAUAUUUGAAUUGACUGAUUUCCUUAUAUGAACUGUAACUCAGUCACAUCUUUGAAAUUGUUGCAUGUUGCAUUGACAUUUUUGUUCAGAGUAUGUAUAUAUAGGUGUGUGUGUGUGUGUGUGAGAUAUAUAUACCAGACAUUCAUGAGUUUGAAAUCCCUGUAAUUGUUGUAAUUGCCUGAUUUAGUAGACUGUGAUAGAUGUAAAUGAAUGACUAUCCCUUGAUUAUUGCUAUGUAUAUGUCAUAAUUGAACACCUCCCUGACACUGUCUGUCUUCUUCUGUCAGAUUUGAAAUUAAAAAGAAACUGAAGACGGCGAAGAAGAAGGAGAAAGAGGAAAAGAAAAAGAAACAUGAGGAAGAACAGAAGAAGAAAAGAGAGAGAGCGUCCGGCGCUCAUCAUGAAGACAGGACACAUCAGGACCAGCAAGUGGUGAGUUCAUCGUCUAAUCCCAAACCUUUUUUUAAAAAACAAUUCUAAAAGUAUGUUUUUAAACAACACACACCUUUUUUUUUUGUUCAGUAAUAUUGUGUUUCCGUAGUCCUUACCUGUACGUUGCGACUGCGUUCUCCUUUUUUAGGUUAUGUCUCACAACAAGGAGAGGAGGACUAAACGGGAUGAGAAGCUGGAUAAGAAGUCUCAGGCCAUGGAGGAACUGAAAGCAGAGCGGGAGAAGAAGAAGACCAGGACGGCCGAGCUCCUGGCCAAACGCCAGCCCCUGAAGACCAGCGAGGUGUACUCCGACGAUGAGGAGGAAGAGGAGGAGGAGGAGGACGACGACAAAUCCUCAGUAAAGAGCGAUCGCAGUUCACGCUCUUCAUCUUAUUCCGAAGACGAGGAGUGAGUAUCUAUCCAACAGCUGUGGAUUUAUUUAUUUAGGUGUAAAACAAUUUGUACGAUUUUAAAAAGUACAAGGGUUACUGGUAGUAUUGGAGUUCAACACAGCACAUUAGUAGUUGUCUUCCUUGAUAGAGCUAUAUUACUGCAUGUUGAAUUUGGUCUUGAAGAUUUCCCAUUCCCAUUGAUUGACCAACGAUCGAUGACCAAUGUUUCUAUGUUUUCUGCCUUGGGAUGGUCCAGGAAAGAGGAGACGCCGCCAAAGUCUCAGCCCGUGUCACUGCCAGACGAGCUGAACCGUGUCCGUCUGUCCCGACACAAGCUGGAGCGCUGGUGCCACAUGCCCUUCUUCCAGAAGACCGUGAGCGGCUGCUUCGUGCGGAUUGGCAUCGGGAACAGUAGUAGCAAACCAGUUUACAGGGUAAGGACAUGCAUCUAUUGGGGCAGUUUCCCUGAGCCAGAUUAAAGUCCUACUCCUCUCUCCUUUUCACCUCAUUUAACAAUAAUGAGUAAUUCCCUGUGAUAAGGUGGCUGAAAUAGUUGACGUGGUCGAGACGGCUAAAGUCUACCAGUUGGGGACGACCCGGACCAACAAAGGACUCCAGUUACGGUACGGCAUCCUUCAUUUAAACCUGCUCAGCUCUUACCUGCUGCUACCCUUGGCUUCUCUUCCUGUUUCUCUCCUCCUCUUCUCUUCCUCUUUCUCUCCUCCUCUUCUCUGACUGUUUCUCUCCUCCUCCUCUCUGACUCUUUCUCUCCUCCUCCACCUCUGAGUCUUUCUCUCCUCCUCCACCUCUGACUCUUUCUCUCCUCCUCUUCUCCUCCUCUUUCUCUCCUCCUCCUCUCUGACUCUUUCUCUCCUCCUCUUCUCUGACUGUUUCUCUCCUCCUCUUCUCUGACUGUUUCUCUCCUCCUGUCUCACCUUCUGUGAUGGUUUCCCUGUGCUGACGGUUUCCCUGUGCUGACGGUUUCCCUGUGCUGACGGUUUCCCUGUGCUGACGGUUUCCCUGUGCUGACGGUUUCCCUGUGCUGACGGUUUCCCUGUGCUCUGUCCCAUAUCUCUCCUCUAGGCAUGGUGGUGACACCCGAGUCUUCAGACUGGAGUUUGUGUCCAAUCAGGAGUUCACAGAAAACGAGUUCAUGAAGUGGAAGGAGGCGGUGAGUUGACUGGAGGAGCAUGCUGAUUGGAUGGUUGACUUGAGGAAGUGCCAGUGGGAACAUGCUGAUUGGAUAGAGGAGCAUGGUUGCUUUAAUUCCUCCUGGUAGACUGCAAGAUUUGUAACAACAGACCAAGGAAUAUCCAAAGUGAAUGGAAAGAUGAAUGUUGUGGAUCUUGGAUGGAUGGCUCAUGGAGAAGCAGGGUUCUGUUAUGCCAGGUUAUGUCAGGCCUGUCGUAGAGAAGAGUCUGUUGUGGGGUGUUCAACCUGUUUGACGUUUUCCCCCUCCGUCUACAGAUGAUCAUAGCCAGUAUGCAGGUUCCCACUCUAGAUGAGAUCAAUAAGAAGGAACAGGCCAUCAAAGAGGCUUGCAACUAUAAAUUCAACGACAAAGACAUCGAGGAUGUAAGUAUCUGUGUGCGUCCCAAACGGCCCCCUAUUCCCUAUGUAGGGCACAUAGGGCUCUAGUCUAAAGUAGUGCACUAUAUAGGGAAUAGGGUGCCAUUCUCUGGUCUAAAGUAGUGCACUAUAUAGGGAAUAGGGUGCCAUUUCGGUGGACUGAUGGUCUUCUGUAAGUGCACUAUAUAGGGAAUAGGUGUGCCAUUCUCUGGCUUAAAGUGUGCCGUAUAAUAUGUAUCUGGUACGCUCAUAUAAGUGAAUUGUUGUUGACCAGAUCGUAAGAAAGAUUCCGAGCCUUCAACUACGCCAUGAGAACUUCCUACCAAAGUAAGGUAGUAAAACUCCCGUGUACGCAUGGCGAUUUGAUACGCGUGCUUAAUGUGCGAGUACGUGUUGAUACGCGUGCUUAAUUCGUGAACGAUGUUGAAUUACGCUUGCUUAACGUGUGUGUACGAUGUUUGAAUACGCGUGCUUUAAGGUGUGUGUACGAUGUUUGAAUAUGCAUGCUUUAAUGUGCGUGUACGAUGUUUGAAUAUGCGUGCUUUAAUGUGUGUGUACGAUGUUUGAAUACGCGUGCUUUAAUGUGUGUGUACGAUGUUUGAAUACGCGUGCUUUAAUGUGUGUGUACAAUGUUUGAAUACACAUGCUUUAUUGUGCGUGUACGAUGUUUGAAUACGCGUUCUUUAAUGUGUGUACGAUGUUUGAAUACGCGUGCUUUAAUGUGUGUGUACGAUGUUUGAAUACGCGUGCUUUAAUGUGUAUGUGCGAUGUUUGAAUACGCAUGCUUUAACGUGUGUGUACGAUGUUUGAAUACGCGUUCUUUAACGUGCGUGUACGAUGUUUGAAUACGCGUGCUUUAACGUGCGUGUACGAUGUUUGAAUACGCAUGCUUUAACGUGCGUGUACGAUGUUUGAAUACGCAUGCUUUAACGUGCGUGUACGAUGUUUGAAUACGGGUGCUUUAACGUGCGUGUACGAUGUUUGAAUACGCAUGCUUUAACGUGCGUGUACGAUGUUUGAAUACGCGUGCUUUAACGUGCGUGUACCAUGUUUGAAUACGCGUGCUUUAACGUGCGUGUAAACUCUAUUUUUAUUCCAUUUUUAGUUUUAUUUUCUGAUUCCAUUUAUUGUUGCUAUGGUGUCCGGUGUGAACCGGCAGGUCAUCAUUUCGUUGUACUCUGUAUCCUGUGCAUGACAAAUGAACUUGACUUGUGACUGCCUCUAGGCCAUGGCAGAGGAGAGUGGUGAAGGAGACCGAGCCAAAGAGAUCCAGGACCAGCUGAAUGAGCUGGAGGAGAGGGCAGAGCAUCUGGACAGGCAGAGGACCAAAAACAUCUCUGCCAUCAGGUAACACAAUAGUCAUAUUGUAUUUUAUAAUAAUAAAACUUCAUUUUGGUUAGCGGCUUUGAUUUAAAAACCUUUCAUACGAUGACCUGCGUAGAAACACAUCACUUGUGUAACGCAGCUGGCUGUACCAAACACUUGAAACUGUUGGGAGGUGAAGUUGAUAAAUGUACAUGCUUAGGAAGAUCCAAUUUGCGCCCAAUGAAACACGCAUGGAACAAAAUCACACAUUUACAAUGUUUUAAGUGAAGAGGCAUCGAAUUCAAUUAAAUGUCAUCUUCACAACUUGUUAAAGGGAUAGUUUGACAUUUAGGCAAUUUUCCUACUUUACCCAGAGUCAGAUAAACUCACGGAUACUAUUUGAUGUCUCUGCGUGCAGUUGGAAGGUCGUUUCUGGAGCCAUUGCUAACUAGCGUUAGCGCAAUGACUGGAAGUCUAUGGGGGUAGCUAGCACUAACUAUCCCGUUUUUAAUCUGUUUGACAACAACCUGUGCGGUGCGGGUAGACUAGUCUACGUGAUUUUGAUUAUUAUGGAUAAGAGCGAGAAUAUUAGUCAAACGGCAGUCAAGCGUCGAUCAUCACGUCACCAGAAUAAGACCUUUUAUAUAAAAAAAAUGUUUUAAUCAUCAACCUCAUCAACGUGCACUUUCACCAUAACUUAGCCUAAUAAACUGCAUGCGUUCCCGAGUCGUAGUGGGAGGACCACACUCCAUGUCAUCAGGUGACUCCAAGUCUACUUCCAUAUGAUGGUUAUUAAAUAAAUAUUUGCGCAUUAAAAGCACUUCCACUGACAUUUCUCGCAUAGUUCAUUUUUACCAACAAAAAAAAUCCCACCAUGUCGAACGAACAAGUUAUCUGUCGGCAUUCAUAAUUGUACCGAAACUUCCUGUUUCCAUCACAGCUGUUGUGAUUUUAGUUUUUAUACGGUAUGACUUAACUCGCAUAACAGCUGUGGAUGGAAAUGUGGGUAGUGUAAGAGUUAAAUAAUGUACUGCGGUUUACAGGACAAGUUCUGAUGUUUCUCUGUCGGUCUACAGCGCGUUCGGAAACUAUUCAGACCCCUUGACUAUUUCCACAUUUUGUUCAGUUAUAGCCUUAUUCUAAAAUUGGAUUACAUAAAUACAAAUCCUCAUCAAUCUACACACAAUACCCCAUAAUGACAAAGCGAAAACAGGUAUUUUGAAAUGUGUGCAAAUGUAUUAAAAAUAAAAAAACAUAAAUACCUAAUUUACAUAAGAAUUAAGACCCUUUGCUAUGAGACUCGAAAUUGAGCUCAGGUGCAUCCUGUUUCCAUUGAUCAUCCUUGAGAUGUUUCUACAACUUGAUUGGAGUCCACCUGUGGUAAAUUCAAUUGAUUGGACAUGAUUUGGAAAGACACACACCUGUCUAUAUAAGGUCCCACAGUUGACAGUGCAUGUCAGAGCAAAAACCAAGCCAUGAGGUCGAAGGAAUUGUCCGUAGAGCUCCGAGACAGGAUUGUGUCAAGGCACAGAUCUGGGGAAGGGAAGCAAAACAUUUCUGCAGCAUUGAAGGUCCCCAAGAACACAGUGGCCUCCAUCAUUCUUAAAUGGAAGAAGUUUGGAACCACCAAGACUCUUCCUAGAGCUGGCCGCCCGGCCAAACUGAGCAAUCGGAGGAGAAGGGCCUUGGUCAGGGAGGUGACCAAGAACCCGAUGGUCACUCUGACAGAGCUCCAGAGUUCCUCUGUGGAGAAGGGAGAACCUUCCAGAAGGACAACAAUCUCUGCAGCACUCCACCAAUCAAGCCUUUAUGAUAGAGUGGCCAGACGGAAGCCACUCCUCAGUAAAAGGCACAUGACAGUCCGCUUGGAGUUUGCCAAAAGGCACAUAAAGGACUCUCAGACCAUGAGAAACAAGAUUCUCUGGUCUGAUUGAACUCUUUGGCCUGAAUGCCAAGCGUCACGUCUGGAAGAAACCUGGCACCAUCCCUACGGUGAAGCGUGGUGGUGGCAGCAUCAUGCUGUGGGGAUGUUUUUCUGCGGCAGGGACUGGGAGACUAGUCAGGAUCGAGGGAAAGAUGAACGGAGCAAAGUACAGAGAGAUCCUUGAUGAAAACCUGCUCCAGAGUGCUCCGGACCUCAGACUGGGGUGAAGGUUCACCUUCCAACAGGACAACGACCCUAUGCACACAGCCAAGACAACACAGGAGUGGCUUCUGGACAUGUCUCUGAAUGUCCUUGAGUGGCCCAGCCAGAGCCCAGACUUGAACCCGAUCGAACAUCUCUGGAGAGACCUGAAAAUAGCUGUGCAGCAACGCUCCCCAUCCAACCUGACAGAGCUUGAGAGGAUCUGCAGAGAAGAAUGGGAGAAACUCGCCAAAUACAGGUGCGCCAAGCUUGUAGCGUAAUAUUCAAGAAGACUCGAGGCUGUAAUCGCUGCCAAAGGUGCUUCGACAAAGUACUGAAUAAAGGGUCUGAAUACUUAUGUAAAUGUGAUAUUUUGAUUUUUGAUAUUUUUUUUAUAAAUGUGCCAACAUUUCUAAAAACAUGUUUGCUUUGUCAUUAUGGGGUAUUGUGGGGCGGCAGGUAGCUUAGUGGUUAAGAGCGUUGUGCCAGUAACCGAAAGGUCGCUGGUUCUAAUCCCCGAGCCGACUAGGUGAAAAAUCUGUCGGUGCCCUUGAGCAAGGCACUUAACCCUAAUUGCUCCUGUAAGUCGCUCUGGAUAAGAGCGUCUGCUAAAUGACUAAAAUGUAAAUGUAUUGUGUGUAGAUUGAUAAGGGGGAAAACAAUUUUAAUCAAUUUGAGAAUAAGGCUGUAACGUAACAACAUGUAGAAAAGGUCAAGGGGUCUGAAUCCUUUCCGAAUGCACUGUAUACCACAGGAGGUUGGUGACACCUUAAUUAGGGAGGAAUCAGUGGAAUGGUAUCAAACCUGUAUAUGAACCUCCCUGCCUGUCAAUGUCUCCUCCAGCUACAUCAACCAGAGGAAUCGUAGCUGGAACAUUGUGGAAUCUGAGAAGGCUCUAGUCGUAAGUAUCCCAGCCUCCAUCUGUACUAAAUACCUCUCAUCACAGUGCAAUUAUGUUUUUAAUCAGUGUAUAUAUAUUUACUUACUUACUACCGGUCAAAAGUUUGGACACACCUACUCAUUCAAGGGUUUUUCUUUAUUUUGACUAUUUUCUACAUUGUAGAAUAAUAGUGAAGACAUCAGAAAUAUGACAUAACACAUAUGGAAUCAUGUAGUAACCAAAAAAAGUGUUAAACAAAUCAAAAUAUAUUUUAUAUUUGAGAUUCUUCAAAUAGCCACCCUUUGCCUUGAUGACAGCUUUGCAGACUCUUGGCAUUCUCUCAACCAGCUUCAUGAGGUAUUCACCUGGAAUGCAUUUCAAUUAACAGGUGUGCCUUUUUAAAAGUUAAUUUGUGGAAUUUCUUUCCUUCUUAAUGCGUUUGAGCCAAUCAGUUGUGUUGUGACAAGGUGGGGGCUGGCUAUACAGAAGAUAGCCCUAUUUGGUAAAAGUCCAUUAUGGCAAGAACAGCUCAAAUAAGCAAAGAGAAAUGACAGUCUUACCAUCAUUACUUUAAGACAUGAAGGUCAGUCAAUACGGAAAAUAUCAAGAACUUUGAAAGUUUCUUCAAGUGCAGUCGCAAAAACCGUCAAGUGAUAUGAUGAUACUGGCUCUCAUGAGGACCGGCACAGGAAUGGAAGACCCAGAGUUACCUCUGCUGCAGAGGAUAAGUUCAUUAGAGUUACCAGCCUCAGAAAUUGCAGCACAAAUAAAUGCUUCACAGAGUUCAAGUAACAGACACAUCUCAACAUCAACUGUUCAGAGGAGAAUGUGUGAAUCAGUCUUUCAUGGUCGAAUUGCUGCAAAGAAACCACUACUAAAGGACACCAAUAAUAAUAAGAGACCUGCUUGGGCCAAGAAACACGAGCAAUGGACAUUAGACCGGUGGAAAUGUGACUUUGGUCUGGAGUCCAAAUUUGAGAUUUUUGGUUCCAACCGCCGUGUCUUUGUGAGACGCGUGUGGGUGAACGGAUGAUCUCCGCAUGUGUAUUUCCCACCGUAAUGCACGGAGGAGGAGGUGUUGGGGUGCUUUGCUGGUGACACUGUCUGUGAUUUUAUAUAGAAUUCAAGGCACACAUAACCAGCAUGGCUAACACAGCAUUCUGCAGUGAUACGCCAUCCCAUCUGGUUUGGGCUUAGUGGGACUGUCAUUUGUUUUUCAACAGGACAAUGACCCAACACACCUCCAGGCUGUGUAAGGGCUAUUUGACCAAGAAGGAGAGUGAUGGAGUGCUGCAUCAGAUGACCUGGCCUCCACAAUUCCCCGACCUCAUCCAAAUUGAGAUGGCUUGGGAUGAGUUGGACCGCAGAGUGAAGGAAAAGCAGCCAACAAGUGCUCAGCAUACGUGGGUAUUCCUUCAAGACUGUUGGAAAAGCAUUCCAGGUGAAGCUGGUUGAGAGAAUGCCAAGAGUGUACAAAGCUGUCAUCAAGGCAAAGGGUGGCUUAUUUGAAGAAUCUCAAAUAUAUACUUUUUUAUGAUUUGUUUAACACUUUUUGGGUUACUACAUGAUUCCAUAUGUGUUAUUUCAUAGUUUUGAUGUCUUCACUAUUAUUCUACAAUAUAGAAAAUAGUAAAAAUAAAGAAAAACCCUUAAAUGAGUAGGUGUUCUAAAACUGUUGACCGGUAGUGUAUGUGUAUAUAUACUGAACAAAAAUAUAAACGCAACAUGCAACAAUUUCAAAGAUUUUACUGAGUUAUGGUUAAUAUAAGGAAAUCAGUCAAUUGAAAUUAAUAAAUUAGGCCCAAAUAUAUGGAUUUCACAUGACUGGGAAUACAGAUAUGCAUCUGUUGGUCACCGAUACCUUAAGAAAAAGGUAGGGGCGUGGAUCAGAAAACCAGUAAGUAUCUGGUGUGACCACAAUUUGCCUCAUGCAGCGCGACACAUCUCCUUCGCAUAGAGUUGAUCAGGCUGUUGAUUGUUGUCCUGUGGAAUGUUGUCCAACUCCUCUUCAAAGACUAUGUGAAGUUGCUGGAUAUUGCAGGAACUGGAACACGCUGUCGUACACGUCGAUCCAGAGCAUCCCAAACAUGCUCAGUGGGUGACGUCUGGUGAGUAUGCAGGCCAUGGAAGAACUGGGACAUUUUCAGCUUCCAGGAAUUGUGUACAGAUCGUUGUGACAUGGGGCCAUGCAUUAUCAUGAGGUGAUUGCGGCGGAUGAAUGGCACGACAAUGGGCCUCAGGAUCUCAUCACGGUAUCUCUGUGCAUUCAAAUUGCAAUCGAUAAAAUGCAAUUGUGUUCGUUGUCUGUAGCUUAUGCCUGCCCAUACCAUAACCCCACCACCACUAUGAGGCACUCUGUUCACAACGUUGACAUCAGCAAACCGCUCGCCCACACGACGCCAUACACGUGGUCUGCGGUUGUGAGGCCGGAUGGACAUACUGCCAAAAAAAAAUUUUUUAUGUUGGAGGUGGCUUAUGGUGGAGAAAUUAACAUUCAAUUCUCUGGCAACAGCUCUGGUGGACAUUCCUGCAGUCAGCAUGCCAAUUGCACGCUCCCUCAGAACUUGAGACAUCUGUAGCAUUGUGUUGUUUGACAAAACUGCACAUUUUAGUGGCCUUUUAUUGUCCCCAGCACAAGGUGCACCUGUGUAAUGAUCAUGCUGUUUAAUCAGCUUCUUGAUAUGCCACCUGUCAGGUGGAUGGAUUAUCUUGGCAAAUGAGAAAUGCUCACUAACAAGGAUGUUAACAAAUUUGUGCACAACAUUUUAGAGAAAUAAGCUUUUUGUGCGUAUGAAGAAACAUUUCUGGGAUCUUUUAUUUCAGCUCAUGAAACAUGGGACCAACACUUUACAUGUUGUGUUUAUAUUUUUGUUCAGUGUACAUUAUUUAUACAUGUAUGACUCUUUGUUACUCUUUGGGGCGGCAGGUAGCUUAGUGGGUAAGAGCGUUGUGCCAGUAACCGAAAGGUCGCUGGUUCUAAUCCCCGAGCCGACUAUGUGAAAAAUCUGUCGGUGCCCUUGAGCAAGGCACUUAACCCUAAUUGCUCCUGUAAGUCGCUCUGGAUAAUAACGUCUGCUAUAUGACUAAAAUGUCAAAAAAUGUUACUUAUUAUUACAUUACAUUUUCUAUUAUUAUUAUGACUAUAUUAUAAUAUCCUAUUUCUCUGUCAGGCUGAGGGACAGAAUGCCAAGCUGCAGAUGGACCCGUUCACUAGACGGCAGUGCAAACCUACCAUGGUGUCUAACGUAAGUCAUUAUCUCUCUCUCCACCAUGGUGUCUAACGUAAGUCAUUAUCUCUCUCCACCAUGGUGUCUAACGUAAGUCAUUAUCUCUCUCCACCAUGGUGUCUAACGUAAGUCAUUAUCUCUCUCUCUCCACCAUGGUGUCUAACGUAAGUCAUUAUCUCUCUCCACCAUGGUGUCUAACGUAAGUCAUUAUCUCUCUCUCUCCACCAUGGUGUCUAACGUAAGUCAUUAUCUCUCUCUCUCUCCACCAUGGUGUCUAACGUAAGUCAUUAUCUCUCUCUCUCCACCAUGGUGUCUAACGUAAGUCAUUAUCUCUCUCUCUCUCCACCAUGGUGUCUAACGUAAGUCAUUAUCUCUCUCUCUCUCCACCAUGGUGUCUAACGUAAGUCAUUAUCUCUCUCUCCACCAUGGUGUCUAACGUAAGUAAUUAUCUCUCUCUCUCCACCAUAGUGUCUAACGUAAGUCAUUAUCUCUCUCUCUCUCCACCAUGGUGUCUAACGUAAGUCAUUAUCUCUCUCUCUCUCUCCACCAUGGUGUCUAACGUAAGUCAUUAUCUCUCUCCCCACCAUGGUGUCUAACGUAAGUCAUUAUCUCUCUCUCCACCAUGGUGUCUAACGUAAGUCAUUAUCUCUCUCUCUCUCCACCAUGGUGUCUAACAUAAGUCAUUAUCUCUCUCCACCAUGGUGUCUAACGUAAGUCAUUAUCUCUAUCUCCACCAUGGUGUCUAACGUAAGUCAUUAUCUCUCUCUCUCCACCAUGGUGUCUAACGUAAGAGCUCUUCUUUAUGUUCACAUGGACAUCGAUCCAAAUAGCACCCUAUUCCCUAUGUAGUGCCCUACUGUUGACCAGGACCCCUAGCACCCUAUUCCCUAUGUAGUGCACUACUGUUGACCAGGACCCCUAGCACCCUAUUCCCUAUGUAGUGCCCUACUGUUGACCAGGACCCCUAGGGAAUAGGGCGCCAUUUGGGAUGCAGCCAUGCUGUGCAAUUUUGAACGUAAGCAAUUCAUAUAAUAUUCAGAAUAACUUGUUAUGUGUGUCUGUCUGCAGUAUUUACGUUUGUUUUGUUUCAGGCCAGAGACCCUUCAGUCCAUGCAGCUAUCCUCCAACACCUCAAUGAGAAGUACGGAGAAGGGUCGGGCAAAGAGAUGGACUUAGAGUUUGAGAUGGGCAGGGGAGCAGGACAGGCUGCUCUGAAAGUCAUUGACCCUACUAAGAACACCAGCGACCUCUCAGAGGACCUAUUUAAAGUGCACGAUUUUGACGUCAAGAUCGACCUACAGGUUCCCAAUGCAGGUGAGAUGGAUCAUUUCAAAUUUGUAUAUAACAAGCACAAGCAGAAAGUGGUGGGUUCAGGGAUCGAACCCCCGUCUCCAGGGGGAUUGUUCAAUUUGUAGUGUGUGGUCGGUGCUGCUGCCAGACCAUAGGGGGUUCGAUCCUACCACUACAAAGCAGGAUCAAUGCGUUAGCCAACAAGUGCUAAGCAUAUGUGGGAACUCCUUCAAGAGUGUUGGAAAAGCAUUCCAGGUGAGGCUGGUUGAGAGAAUGCCAAGAGUGUGCAAAGCUGUCAUCAAGGCAAAGGGUGGCUUAUUUGAAGAAUCUCAAAUAUAAAAUAUUUUUGAUUUGUUUAACACUUUUUGGGUUAUUACAUGAUUCCAUAUGUGUUAUUUCAUAGUUUUGAUGUCUUCACUAUUAUUCUACAAUGUAGAAAAUAGUAAAAAUAAAGAAAAACCCUUGAAUGAGUAGGUGUUCUAAAACUUUUGACUGGUACUGAAUAUACAGGUGCAGCUCAAUAAAUUAGAAUAUUGUGGAAAAGUUAAGUAAUUUCAAUAAUUAAAUUGACAAAGUGAAACUCAUAUAUAUUGUGGAUUAAUUACACAAAAAGUUAAAUAGUUCAAGCCUGUAUUUGUUAUAAUCUUGAUGAUUACGGCUUACAGCUCAUGAAAACCACAAAAUCAGUAUCUCAGAAAAUUAGAAUAUGACAUAAGGCCAGUGAAAAAAUGAAAUGUAAUACAGAUGUCGGGCCUUCUGAAAAGUAUGUUCUUGUACGUGCAGUCAGUACUUGGUUGGGGCUCCUUUUGCAUGAAUCACUGCAUCUAUGCGGCGUGGCAUGGAGUCGACCAGCCCGUGGCACUGCUGAGGUGUUAUGGAAGCCCAGGCUGCUUCAAUAGCGGCCUUCAGCUCGUCUGCAUUGUUGGGUCUCGUGUCACUCAUCUUCCUCUUGACAAUACCCCAUAAAUUCUCUAUGGGGUUCAGAACAGGCGAGUUUGCUGGCCAAUCAAGCGCAGUAAUCCCACGGUCAUUGAACCAGUUAUUGGUACCUUUGGCAGUGUGGGCAGGUGCCAAGUCCUGCUGGAAAAUGAAAUCAGCAUCUCCAUAAAGCUUGUCAGCAGAAGGAAGCGUGAAGUGCUCUAACAUUUCCUGGCAGACGGCUGAGUUGACUUUGGACUUGAUGAAACACAGCGGACCAACACCUCAGAAGAUGACAUGGCUCCCCAAAUCAUCACUGACUUUGGAAUCUUCACACUGGACUUCAAGCAACUUGGAUUCUGUGCCUCUCCACUCUUCCUCCAGACUCUGGGACCUUGAUUGGCGAAUGAAAUGCAAAAUGUACUUUCAUCUGAAAAGAGGACUUUGGACCACUGAGCGACAGACCAGUUCUUUUUCUCCUUAGCCCAGGUAAGAGGCUUCUGACGUUGCCUCUGGUUCAGGAGUGGCUUGACACGAGGAAUGCGACAGUUGUAGCCCAUUUCCUGGAUAGGUCUGUGCGUGGUGGCUCUUGAUGCACUGACUCCUGCCUCAGUCCACUCCUUGGUCUGUGCGUGGGGGCUCUUGAUGCACUGACUCCUGCCUCAGUCCACUCCUUGGUCUGUGCGUGGGGGCUCUUGAUGCACUGACUCCUGCCUCAGUCCACUCCUUGGUCUGUGCUUGGGGGCUCUUGAUGCACUGACUCCUGCCUCAGUCCACUCCUUGGUCUGUGCGUGGUGGCUCUUGAUGCACUGACUCCUGCCUCAGUCCACUCCUUGGUCUGUGCGUGGGGGCUCUUGAUGCACUGACUCCUGCCUCAGUCCACUCCUUGGUCUGUGCGUGGUGGCUCUUGAUGCACUGACUCCUGCCUCAGUCCACUCCUUGGUCUGUGCGUGGGGGCUCUUGAUGCACUGACUCCUGCCUCAGUCCACUCCUUGGUCUGUGCGUGGUGGCUCUUGAUGCACUGACUCCUGCCUCAGUCCACUCCUUGGUCUGUGCGUGGGGGCUCUUGAUGCACUGACUCCUGCCUCAGUCCACUCCUUGGUCUGUGCGUGGUGGCUCUUGAUGCACUGACUCCUGCCUCAGUCCACUCCUUGGUCUGUGCGUGGGGGCUCUUGAUGCACUGACUCCUGCCUCAGUCCACUCCUUGGUCUGUGCGUGGUGGCUCUUGAUGCACUGACUCCUGCCUCAGUCCACUCCUUGGUCUGUGCGUGGGGGCUCUUGAUGCACUGACUCCUGCCUCAGUCCACUCCUUGGUCUGUGCGUGGGGGCUCUUGAUGCACUGACUCCUGCCUCAGUCCACUCCUUGGUCUGUGCGUGGGGGGCUCUUGAUGCACUGACUCCUGCCUCAGUCCACUCCUUGGUCUGUGCGUGGGGGCUCUUGAUGCACUGACUCCUGCCUCAGUCCACUCCUUGGUCUCUGCGUGGUGGCUCUUGAUGCACUGACUCCUGCCUCAGUCCACUCCUUGGUCUGUGCGUGGGGGCUCUUGAUGCACUGACUCCUGCCUCAGUCCACUCCUUGGUCUGUGCGUGGUGGCUCUUGAUGCACUGACUCCUGCCUCAGUCCACUCCUUGGUCUGUGCGUGGUGGCUCUUGAUGCACUGACUCCUGCCUCAGUCCACUCCUUGGUCUGUGCGUGGUGGCUCUUGAUGCACUGACUCCUGCCUCAGUCCACUCCACUCCUUGUGAAGCUCCCCCACAUUUUCGAACGGCCUUUGCUUGACAAUCCUCUCAAGGCUCCGGUUAUCCCUGUUGCUUGUGCACCUUUUCCUACUCCACUUCUUCCUUCCACUCGACUCUCCAUGAAUAUGCUUGGAUACAGCCCUCUGUGAACAGCCAGCUUGGAUACAGCCCUCUGUGAACAGCCAGCUUGGAUACAGCCCUCUGUGAACAGCCAGCUUCUUUAGCAAUGAUCUUUUGAGGCUUUCCCUCCUUGUGGAGGGUGUUGAUGACUGUCUUCUGCACAACUGUCAAGUCAGCAGUCUUCCCCAUGAUUGUGAAGCCUACUGAACUGAGAGACCAUUUAAAGGCUCAGGAAACCUUUGCAGGUGUUUUGAGUUAGUUAGCUGAUUAGAGUGUGACACCUUGAGUCUACAAUAUUUAACUUUUUCACAAUAUUCUAAUUUUCUGAGAUACUGAAUUUGGGGUUUUCAUGAGCUGUAAGCCGUAAAUCAUCAAGAUUAAAACAAAAACAACCUUUAACUAUUUCACUUUUUGUUUCACUUUGUCAAUUGAAUUAUUGAAAUUACUUAACUUUUCCACAAUAUUCUAAUUUAUUGAGCUGCACCUGUAUAUUGUCUUGCCACUGCUCGAUUAAAGAUCUCUGUCGACUAAAUGGGAUCAGCCCUAGUGGAGUAACUACAAUGUUGUUGAUCCAUCAUCAUAACAGUUUUUGACAUGCGUUUUUCUGGAUUUUUUUGUUGUUAUUCUGUCUCUCACUGUUCAAAUAAACCUACCAUUAAAAUUAUAGACUGAUAAUUUCUUUGUCAGUGGGCAAACAUACAAAAAUCAGCAGGGGAUCAAAUACUUUUUUUCCCUCACUGUAAUUCCACUUUGACAUUAUGGGGUAUUGUGUGUAGAUCAGUGACCCAAAAAUCUCAAUUGAAUCCAUUUUAAAUUCAGGCUGUAACAAAACAAAAUGUUGAAAAGGUCUAGGGGUGUGAAUACCUUCUGAAGGAACUGUAUACAUCAUUGACAGACAGACACAGACAGACAGACACAGACAGACAGACAGCUCAGAGAGACAGACAGCUCAGAGAGACAGACAGCUCAGCGAGACAGACAGCUCAACGAGACAGACAGCUCAGCGAGACAGACAGCUCAGAGAGACAGACAGCUCAGAGAGACAGACAGCUCAGAGAGACAGACAGACAGCUCAGAGAGACAGACAGACAGCUCAGAGAGACAGACAGACGAGGCUCUGCUCAUGACAUCCAUCAGCAGCAGAUUCUAAUGGAAAAUGUGUUUAUGCAACAAAUGUUAUUGCAUCUUAUUGAUUUGUUCCUCUAAUCAAACAUAAUCGCGCAGAAUCAUUUGAAACUAAACGUAUCGUUCCUCUAUCGUAUCGGCGCCCGUGUAUAUAGAUACUAAAUCGUCUUGAAAUGGAAAGAUGCACAUCCCUAGUUAGCCAGCUAACUUUGAUAAACAACCAGAAAUAACUGUGGAUUUUCUGAUUCAAUAAGAAAGCUAGUUACAUGGGUUUUUGUUUGUUGAAUCCCUUAUGCCGUGCCAAUUUCAAGCUUAACUUUCUAAAAAAAUCAAAAGUUAUUUCAGAAUAUUUCCAUUGUGAAGUUUGGGACAGAUCUAGGAUCAGCUAACCCCUCCCCGAAUCCCAACCUUAACCAUUAGUGAGGAAAAAGCUAAACUGAUUCAAGGUCAGCGUCUAGGGGCAACUUCACCCUGUACUGUAACAACAGAUAUGUCACACUAAUGUUGUUCCUCCGGUGUGUUUCAGAAGCCAAGUCUCUGUCAGUGAGCGCUAACACCCUGGCAGUGAAGGACGGUGCUCCGCGCAGGUCUCUCAACCUGGAGGACUACAAGAAGAGGAGGGGCUUGAUCUGA